UUGAUGAAAAAUUAUGCUUGGAAGAUUGUUGAUGUUGUUUUCAAUAAACUUCUGCUUUCCAAUAUCAUUUUUCCAUGAAAAUUCUUUUAUCUGACACUUCAUAAAACAAAAACCAGCAGUCGUAAUCUUCCUUCAAUUCAAGUUUAUACCACUGGCACUAGGUAUCAUGGCUGACGGCCCUGUCGUUUUGACGGUCAGACUCAUUCGAUCAUUUGAACAGAGAAACAUCAAGCACUUGGUCUUCCAGGCUGUUGAUCUAAAUCAGACUGUCGGGGACUUCAUGGACUUGGUAAAUAAAGACAUUCUCACCCGCCCAGGAAUUGCACCUCCAGUUAGAAAACAUGCUUAUGACCAAAUGAAGAUCCAACAUAAAGCCUUUGGUUCCAAGUCAACAGAUCCUGUCAUUGUAUUACGAGAUGAUGAUCAACUUAUGCUUGUGGCGGAUAAAACAUUAGCAGAAUGUGGUGUUGAGAAUGAAACCGAAAUAUCUUACUUCAAAAUGGAGGAAUAUAAGAAAUAUAAAGAAAAUCCUGGUCUGACUUGGUGACUAACCAUGCAGAGAACUUCAGGAAUACAAGAACUCUGGCUCUGUAUCUUGAACUUUGUCUGGUUCAGGUCUGAGACUAACACCCGUUGGCUUCAUCUGGAGCAUAGGUCAUCCAAGGUUGUCCUCCACCUCCUACUGUCUGUGCAGAGGGCUCAAUUUGCCUCCAUGACACAUGCAGGCUGCAGCAAUCCAGAAAUUGAAAGAAAACCGUGACAUAAAUCUUUCUUCCCAAUUGAAAGACUUAUUUGUAACAUCGAAGAAUAACACUUGGAAUUCUGGUUCUGUAAAAUACUUUUAUUACCUUACAAAAUAAUGUGCACAAUAUAAUGGAGUGCAAGGACAAAAAAUCUACAUGUUGCAUUCAGUUUUCUAUGUACAGCUCUGAUUACAAAUUGAUUAGGUAUUUACA